GCAAUCGGUUAGCGACCGCAAUCUACUGAGAUGGAUGUUUGACCACAACAAAUAAGAAUUGUUUGAUAUCGUUGUAGUACAGGUCUGUUGCGAUUGCCAACAUCUGCUUUUUUUCUGUGCUUGUAAGAAGCUUGGUCCUGGUAGGAAGUUAGAAGACAACCUUCAAAGAUGAAUUCACUGUUGCAUAAGCAUGCCAGUCUGGAGAAUUGCUUGGGGAGCCAGAAGAUGAGCAUCGAUGCCUAACCCCUGGGAGAUUCUCUAUUCUCCACCUUCUGAGAUAAAAUAAUUUGGGCUGAAACUCAUCACACAUCCUGGCCACACGCCGAGGCUGAGAGCAUCCACUGGCGGCUCAAUGGUUCAGUGCCCCUGAAGGUUGGGACCAGCAGUGAGGGCCAGAGGACGCUGUAGAGGGAUGGGGUAGGGGAGAGGACAGAGCCAUGGUUCAUAACGGCUCAGUCCCCCAAACACCACCACCUUCACCGACGCCCCCGUUGCCGGCUCAGGUAGGCGCAAGAGGCCGCUCUUCAGGGAGAAAGAGGACCCCCAAGGCAUGUGACUGCUGUGGGCCCAACUCGAAGCACCACGAUGGGAAGACUCCAGGUGGCAAGCCCCGACAGCGUAGGGUCCGGCUGGGGAACGGCAGGGGCCAGGGGGUGGGUGAGAAUCCUAAGAGGAAGGUUGGUCGCCCCCCUUUUAAGAAACCCCCGAUAACUGAGGAGCAGGUAACAGCCACCCGAGAGGAGUUGGAGAACUACUCAGUUCUGGAGCAGGUAACUCACUCUGUGGCUCAACCUGUAACAAACUCUAUGGGUCAACUUCAACUUGUAACAAACUCUUUGGGUCAACCUCAAGCUGUAACAAACUCUUUGGGUCAACCUCAAGCUGUAACAAACUCUGUGGGUCCACCUCAACGUGUAACAAAUUCUAUGGGUCCACCUCAACUUGUAACAAACUCUAUGGGUCCACCUCAACUUGUAACAAACUCUGUGGGUCCACCUCAACUUGAAACAAACUCUGUGGGUCAACCUCAACUUGUAACCAAUUCGCUAGUUCAACCUCAACCAGUAACAAGCUCUGUGGGUCAACUCUUAAUUAACUCAGUAAGUCAGAAGUUAACGUACACUGUGGUUCAGCUGGUGGCCAAGUCUGUAGUCCAGCCUGUGACAAAUGCUCUGGUUCAGCCUCAAGCUAACUUUACAGUUCAGCCGGUAACAGACCUUUUGGUUGAACCGGUAACAAACUCUUUGGUUGCUGAUUCAGACAUGGAGCAGGAGCAAACAAGUGAAGGGGCUGUGUGUGAGGGUGAGCAGGCCCGUGGUCUGGAGAAGGAGCCAGAGGCUGGUUUAGACAAACCGCCAUUAACAGAAAAUAAGACAGAAUUGUUGAAGCUGCCUCAGUCCUUUUCUAGCGAGCCAGUUGUCUCCUUCUCCAAUGGCAUAUCUCCUGUCCACAAGGAGGAACCAACAGAUUGUGGCACCCCUAUGGAGGUGGAACCAUCGGCCGCUGCCUGUGUUUCACCAGGAAUCUUUAUGUUCAGCAACCUCCACCCAUUUGCUCUGUGGGACCACCGUGAUUACUGUAAGAUGGGAGUGUGGGGUACAAGCACCAAGCCAGAGGUGGACCCAACAAAGCAGACAGAGCCGUCACCACAAUCCAAAUCAGAACACAGUGUCCAAGUAGGGAUCAGAGAUCUCAUCCACGAGUUCCUUGAGCUCUUCUAUGUGAAGUAUGGAAGCUUCAUCCCCCUCAGUGAGUCUGAUGUCAUCGACCACUUGAAGAACAAGUGUAAUAAUGACCUCAAUGAAAAAAAGCUAAACAUCAACUCUGAAGUGGUCAGGUACAAAGCAGGUCUCGCCUCUACCCCGAUGAACCUAUUCAAAGUGGACUACAACAAACACACUCUGACCCUGGAAGACCUAUCCACACUGGACGACCAAAACUGGGUCAACGACCAGGUGAUAAAUAUGUAUGGAGAAUUAAUCAUGGAGGCUACACAGCACAAGGUUCAUUUCUUCAACAGCUUCUUCCACAGGCAGCUGGUGGCCAAAGGCUAUGAGGGAGUUAAAAGGUGGACCAAAAAGGUGGAUUUGUUUUCCAAGAGGUUGCUGCUGAUUCCAAUCCAUCUGGAGAUCCACUGGUCCCUGAUCACUGUGGACAUAGCCAACCGCCACAUCCACUACUAUGACUCACAGGGCAUGGUUUUUAAAUACACCAUAGAGAACAUCAUGAGGUACAUCCUGGCUGAGGCAAAGGAGAAGAAGCAAGCUGGCUAUCAGAAAGGAUGGAAGAUGGUUAUAAACAAGGGUAUUCCUCAACAGAAGAAUGACAGCGAUUGUGGAGUCUUUGUCUUGGAGUACUGCAAGUGCCUGGCUUUAAAAGAACCGCUGGAGUUCACACAGAAUGACAUGCCUAAAGUCCGCAAGAGGAUUUACAAAGAGCUCUGUGAAUGUAAACUGAUAGACUGACUGACCACAGCAGCACAGAGAAGAAACUAGCCUGUUCAGUGGACCAUGGCCUUCAAUGUCUGCUUGACAUUUAUUGUGUGGGGACCAUUAACGCAACCGGCACCAAGGAAAAGCUGAACAAGAUGCUGUGGAGAUAGUGUUUUCAUCGACUCAAAACAGAGAUGGUGACGGCCAUAAUUUCUUCCUUUGCAUCAGUGGAGGGCAGGUGGUGCAUUGUUGGACAGUUUGUUAUUUCCUUUUUAGUGUUGUGGGGAGGGACCCAAGACUGUAUUUUAUUGAGUCAAUGACAACCAAGAAGUUUCUCCUGCUGCCUGACUUACUGGAGUCUGGGGCGAACACUGCUGGGUUUCAACGCCCAUAUUGGACCGAUGAUUGCAACGUUUCCUCACUUCAGUUCUUGAAACAUAGACUAUUCUAUGAGACAUUAGUUGAAAUGUGAAGGUUCUUGUUUAAUACUACAAUAUCUGCCUGACAUGAGGUACAGAACAAGUAGUCAUCCAAGGCUUAAUUUCAACUGAAUGUACUGUUAUUUUGUAUGUUACUUAACCUCAAACAGCUUCUUAGUUCGUAAGAAACUCCAGAAACACCUGUUCAGAUUAUGACCAGAGUUACAAGUCAUCUGCUGGGAGAUGGAUAGAUCCAAGUAGCCAUAAAGCUCCAUUGAUUAUAGCUUCAUGACAACACUCACCUCUUUCUGCUUCCGAUGACAUUGCUUAUUAAUCACAUAUCUUUACACAGUGUACCACGAGAAGUACAACUACUGCUGUUUCUUAGCCUUAUUGUUUGAGGGCCAGCAAGCUAUGGUUCUACUGUAGAGGACCACUGAGCACCUGAGACUUGACUCCGGUGUGGUAUCAGAUUCUGCCUGAGAAAGCAGGUGCUAGUCCAGGAAGAAAUGCUGCUGUAAGAACAUGCUGAAUCCCAGCUACACUGUCAUCCAUGUUAAUCACACUUGGUACCAUUUGAAGAGAUCAGGUUCACAACAUUAUCAUUACUAUGGUUGAAACGGUUGAAUAUGUUGCGAUAAACUUUCUGGUUUUCAUUUAA